UCUGUUUUUUUUGGAAUCAUUUCCCGUGCUAUCCCAAUGAAAGGGGAUAGCAUUUCUCCUUCGCUUGUAAAUAAAACACGAGGUAUAUCUUGGCAAUAUCAGGCAGAUCGGUUAGUACCAUUGAAUGAAGGAAACUAGAAAAGAACACACAAGAAGUACUUUCAAACUAAUUUUGUAGCUAACCGGUCGGAUGACGCUGAUGCAACCGACAUCUAAUUGUUACUUCUCUGGAUGUACCCUUCAUAUCGCACACCGCUACCAAUCUCGUCAAUCUGUGUAAUUUCGCACACCGGAGUACGGUAUGACGCAGCCCCGUCGGGCGCCCCGGUGACCCAUCCCUACCACGUGUGUGAGCGCUCCAGGAGAAGGAGGCGGCGCUUAUACUUCCAGCGUAUAUAUAAAAGAGAGACAACCCCCCAAACCGAUUAGCAAAGUUCCCCAAACACACGUAACACUACACUUUUCCAUGUCGAACGAGACGUAGCGAUCGAGAAACGACGCAAACCGCGGGCGACAAUAAAUUGCUAGGUUGUGGACGACAGGAGAGAAAGUAAAAGGGAAAAAUAAAGAUAGACGGAGGGAAUAAAUCGAGAUCCUUGAACUCGACCGGCGAAACGGCAAGAAUUUCACGCUGGCACAAAGAGAGACGCCAUCGACGAGAUAAGGCAGCCGUAAUUUAUUAACGACGAAUCAAAGACUAGCGCAAGACGACGAUAUAAAAAAAACAGAGAGAACGAUUAUAUUCGCAAGGGAUCCUCGACGCGUAAUUGUUAGACGAAUUCGUAGGUGAGAACGAGCGGAACAAGACGUAUCCUGGAAUCAAGACAUCGAGUGGUAGCGGAGCAGCGGAAAGAGCGGGCGGAGGAAGAGGUGGACGGCAUGAAAGACGGGUAGAGAUACCACGAAACGUCAUUUAGGCUCCGCUCUCGUUCCUUGCGUGACAUCCCGAGGGUGCGUGCAACCGACUCGUCUUCACGAGGGCAACGCCGCUGACGACGACGUACGCACUCGCGCACGCACGCGGAGCGAUAACGAACGCGAUCGAUCAAAAACGCGCAGGGAGAAAGCUCGAAACGCCGCAGGUGACGACGACGACGACGACGACGACUACCACGACGAGAAGGACCAGGCCGAUAACUGCGACGACGUCGACGACGACUGCGUCGUUCCGUCACAACGCUGGAAUCACGUAAUUGUCACAACAGCCCCACGUGUGACAACUGCUCGUGACGUUCGCACGCACGCACCUGCGUACACCUACGCACGCGUCUGUCGGCCGACCGACGCGUACUGCACGCAACAGCCAAGCCAAGAGAGGAGAGCCGCGCGCGCGACCUACCAACCGGCCUCCGUGCUUCAUCGGCGUCGCUCGCGAGGGGCCCACCUUCCAGCAAGAAGUCGCUUUAUUCACCAAGAAACGGAAAGAGAUAUACGAACGUACUACAUAAUUACGUCGCGGGGACAGUCAACGACGGCAUAUACUGGAUAGAAAGAGAGAAAAGGUGCGGAAACGUGUCUAUCAGCCGUCGAUCCGGCCACUUCCUUUCACGCCGCCAGGAUGUCCAAAAGGAGACAGAUGAUGCAGCCAUGGCCUCUGUGCCUGCCGCCCUUCGCGAAAACGAAGGAGCGCAGCGUUCUGCCCAAAUAUUACACGAAGGUGACCCCGGUCACGAGUCCUUCGUCCUCCAGCUCAGGCUCCGCAUUAGAUUGCUCGUCGAACACUACUCUAGUGACGAACGCCAGUCCGUUCAACAGCCAGACGGCCCUUAUUGUCGAAAAGAAACACUUUUCUGGCAAUACCAGCAAAGGCUCAAGUCACUACUAUGUCGAAAAUCUGAGGAAUAAUACUCAGAAAGCCCUGAACGGGUCGCGGAUAUAUGAUCCUUUGGAUAAAGGUCAGGACGCCGAUUACAAACAGCUCGAUCCUUUACUGUCAGUCGAGCAAAACCCGAGCACCGAUAUCCUCAUGGAUUCCCAAGUCCCGAAGCCACCGAAGGACGAGCAGAACGUGACUACCCACCUGCCGUCCACGGAAUUCCAGAAGAGCGACAAGCCAUCCAAAAUGCUACGCUAUGCCACUCAAGUGCUGACCGCAUUAUCAGUAUCAUUGGGUUCAAUGGUGAUUGGUUACUCGAGCUCCUAUACAUCACCUGGAUUAGUAUCUAUGCGCGAUAAUAGCACAACGAGUUUCGAAGUUAGCAAACAAAUGGGUAUGUGGAUCGGGUCACUUAUGCCUUUAAGCGCACUUUUCGGUGGCAUUGCUGGAGGGCCAUGCAUCGAGUAUCUCGGGAGAAGAAACACGAUAGUCGCCACAGCGCUCCCAUUCAUCGGAUCGUGGCUUUUAAUCGCAUUGGCUCAGAAUGUCGCGAUGGUAUUAGUUGGGCGCGCAAUAUGUGGGUUUAGCGUGGGUGUUGCUUCCUUAUCACUACCUGUGUACUUAGGCGAGACUAUACAAACAGAAGUGCGCGGUACACUUGGCUUGAUGCCCACCGCCUUUGGUAAUGCUGGAAUAUUAAUAUGCUUCACGGCGGGUAUGUAUCUGGAUUGGAGAAACCUGGCGCUGGUAGGUGCAAGUUUGCCCAUACCGUUCCUGAUUCUGAUGUUUCUGAUCCCGGAGACCCCGAGAUGGUACAUCUCAAAGAGAAAGACGAAGAAGUCACGAAAAUCUCUGCAAUGGCUCCGCGGCAAGGAUACCGAUAUAACCGACGAAUUGACUAUGAUUGAAAAGUUGCAUGCCGAGAGCGAACAAAACGCCUCUCAGGGAACGAUCUCGGAGUUAUUGAAGAGCAACAAUCUGAAACCACUGCUCGUUUCCUUGGGACUAAUGUUAUUCCAACAAAUGUCAGGAAUCAACGCAGUUAUAUUCUACACGGUGCAAAUUUUCCAGGACGCUGGUAGUACGAUUGAUGAAAAUCUUUCGACUAUAAUCAUCGGUCUCGUGAACUUCAUAUCCACUUUCGUCGCCGCAUUCACGAUCGACAAGCUGGGCAGAAAGGUGCUGCUGUACGUAAGUGGCGGAGCGAUGGUUCUAACGCUCUUCUCCCUCGGCGGAUUUUUUUACGUGAAAUCAUACGGUGUCGACGUGACGGCCUUUGGCUGGCUGCCAUUAGUCAGUCUAAUCGUCUACGUGAUCGGCUUUUCGCUGGGUUUCGGUCCGAUUCCCUGGCUGAUGAUGGGCGAGAUCUUGCCAGCUAAGAUUCGCGGCUCAGCUGCCAGUAUCGUGACCGGCUUUAAUUGGAUGUGCACCUUCAUCGUAACGAAAACUUUCGAGGACGUAAUAGCGGUAAUUGGCGCGCACGGCACUUUCUGGUUGUUCGGCGCCAUCGUCAUAGUGGGCUUCAUCUUCGUGAUCGUUAGCGUGCCGGAGACGCGCGGCAGAUCGCUCGAGGAGAUCGAGAAGAGGUUUAACGGGCCAACUAGAAGAAUGAGCGCGGUCGCCAACAUGAAGCCGAUGCCGAUGGCCUGUUAGCUUCGAAUCAGUGCUCAAUCGCGAUUUUCAUCAACAUGGGAAAUUUGUCAGAACAAGAGGAAACAGGACUCAACGAUGUCACUUUAGGGGAAAGGUUUCCUUAAAGAUACUUAAUGAUAUCCUUAGAAAUAAUCUUAGUUUAAAGUGAAGUCAAGCUCGAAAGUAUGCUUCCUGCGAAGCGUAAGUGCUCACUCACUCUCUCUCUCUCUCUUUCUCUCUCUCUCUCUCUUUCUCUCUCUUUCCCUCCCUAUCUUUCUCCUCGGCUCUUCUAUUUUGUUUUUACUUUUAAAAUAUUUGUAGGUUAAUUCUUGUGUAGCCUGCCUGUUACAACGAAUCUGGGCUGAAACAAUUUAGUGAUAAUCGGUAAAGAACGGAAUCAUUUUUGAUCCGAAUGAUAUAAGAGAGCAAACGAGAACAAAAGAAUUUUCCUUAAAACUUAUAUUUAAUUAACUGUUCUGUUGAGAAUGGGCGAACAAAUAUAGUAAUUAUUCUUGAUUGACAAUAUUACUCGCGGACUGUGCUUUCUCUUUAUAUGCAAUGUUGGAUAGAGUAUAUUCAUCUUUUGAUAGUUUUUUUACGAUAAUCAGUGCAAUGAUCAUUCGAAAACUUAAGAAAUGUAUCCUCUUAAAAAUUAACGUUGCUUAAGAUUAAAAAUGUUGGGGAAAACUUAAUUUUAAAAGUGUUUAAACAUUUAUAAAUUAAUUGUUUACAGGUUAAAAGUUUAUAAAUUAAUAAUUUAUAAAUUAAACAUUUAUACAUUGAUCAUUUAUAGUUUAUAAAUAGUUGUAUAAAUUAGUCGAUUGUAUAUUCGAAUCAGUAAUUUAACAUUAAAAAUGUUCUCGUUUGUUUCCUCCAUAAUAAUAAAUUGAUUUUAGUGAAUUUAGUAAUGCGAGGUGCGUCUUAUCGGUAUUUAAAUUGUAAGUUCGAGGAUCUCGAGCUCGAGGAACACGAAUUUUAAAAACAAUUAAUUAGAUUUGCGAUCAUGAAAAUGUGUUCUACUUUUCCGCAGAGGAAAUAACAUGAUACGUAAACUAUCAGCUGUUGACUAGGUGUAUAGUUGUGCUCGAUAGUUUUUAAUACUCGACAGUUCUAUAGAGUCUACCUCAAGUUAAUGCUACUAUUAUGCGUUGAUGGACGCGUGAAAUAUAUGAAUAGCAUGUCUUCCUUUUAAAGUGCACGCAAAACAGUAAAAUCUGCACGGAGGGUGUAGUACCGCAUAGUUUUGUGCGGAAUUUCGAAAUGUAAGUGCCGCAUUAAAAGGGAUAGAAAAGUUUUAACUUGUGAAAAAUCGGUGAUACAUUUACAUAAAAUCGUUUCUUUUUCGUUACUUUUGUAUUAUGACGCUGGCAAUUGAACCAAUAUUAUUGGAUGGUAAACGAAUACAAGCGAUUGUAGAUACUGAUGAGCAAUCAUAGACAAAAAUCUGUGGAUUAUAAUAAUAAUACUAUAAUAAGGGAAAAUACAGUGCAAUUUCAUAGAGAGCGCGAAAAAUUUUAUUUAUCACUAUAGGUAGAGGAAUAUCAAAUUUUUUUAUAGACUAUUUAUACUAUAUGUUAACGAUAAAGAAAUAUUUAACAUAAAAAGAUAAAAAGAUAUUUAAGAAAUUUAAAAAAAUAUUAAAUUAAAAUAUAUUAAUUAAUUUAACAAAAUAUGGAACUGCUACAGCUCGAUCCAUCCCUAUACAGUAUAUAUUGUGAUUUUCCAGGUAUAACUCAGCCUAUAAAAACAUUUCGCAUUCAAUUAAUACCUAUAGUAAUGAACGAAAUUUUACCGAUUUUUCACAAGAUCAAACCUUUCUAUCUCCUUAAAGGGAAUGUUCGUUGCGCUGCCGCUCGAACACCACGCCGUCAUACUUUUACAGAGAGAUUAAUAGUAUUGCCAAAUUCUGUCAUAAAUGGGAAAAUACGAGAUACAAGAAAGCACGAAAAUGUCGCAUUUGUUCUGUGAGAAACGCAGCCGCAAUUUGCAUUUAACGAAUAUAAAUACAAUUAAUAAAACGAAUUUCAUAAAAGAAUCGUACACGGGGAAAAAAUUGAAUUAUUCGUAACAAUGAACGAAUCAAACGCAUUUUGAUUGAAGGAAACGGAAUUUUCCGUUCUUAUGACCCAAUUUGGUUUAUAAAAAUCAGAAAUUGUAUUUGCUUCAAAACGUGUUUGAUUUCUUCAUUGUGAUAUUAAUUCAACCGAUCUUUUUUCUCCAUGUAAAAUCGUUGAAGGAGAAAUUCGGCACAAUCAAUUUUCGUGACGCGAAUGCGAACUCUUGCGAAUUAAUCGCACUUUGUAACUUGAAAAAUACGUGUACUUAUGUAUAUACACAGAUAGACCAAAAGACCGGUCUUUUGAAAAAGGGCGAUGCUUCCUUCAGUACGAUAAUAAGCUUUUGAGGCUCCUGGGUACUCACCAUAGCUGUCUUUUUUUUUAUGAAAAAAGCAGAAAAACAUCUGGACAUUUUUACAAGUGUGACAAAUUGAUCACGAAUAUUAUUUUGUAUAUAUAUUUUUUUUAUUUCCACAUAUGCCGUCACAUAAAUUGACAUGAUUUUCCUCGCUUCUGACGUCAUAAAAGAAGGACGACCAAGGCCAGUGAGUAUCCAGGAGCUAUAAGAUCAAUCACGUUCUUUCACGUUUUCUUCAAGAUAGAACUACUAAUUUGUAAAUAGCCGAAGGUUUAGACAGAUAAAAGUAUCUUAUAUUCACGUUCCAAAAUCGACGCUAAAUCGAUCCUCCCAACGUUCUCCCUUCGCUUAUCGAGUGAUAGUAUAAAUGUUACUAGCAGAAAUAUUAGGUAUAUAAAUUAAUUCCGUACCUUUUCUCAUGAAAUUCAAAGUUUAUUCACAAAAAGACAAGUAUAUACAUUUAAUAUUCGAAAAAAUCUCCAUUAUUUUCAAUAACUUUAUUCCAUCUUUCGGGCAACUGACGAAUGCCCUCGCGAAAGAAACUUGGUGGUUUUAAUUUGAUAAAAUCGUCGAUGCUUUUUCGGACCUCGUCAACUGUUUUAAAAUGAGUAUCCGCCAAAUGAUGUUGAAGCGACCAAAAUAGGUUUUAAUCCAAUGGGGCUAAAUCUGAUGAAUAAACCACAUGUGGAAGAAUUUCCCAGCCUAAUGUAUAGAUGAUAUCUUUUGUCUCUUUUGCAGUAUAUGAUUGCACGUUAUCAUGCAGUACAAUUACCGGCCUAGUUCCAUUACCGGUAAAAAGUCUUUUUACAAGUUUUACGAGUCACAACAUCUUCAUCUAAAGUGGAACAAAUCACUUCGGUAGAUUGAGCAGCAUUUUUAUUCAAUUGAAGUGCAAAAAGGAUGCAGUGCUUUAGAAACUUCUUUUCAAACAACAUCGUGAUAACUACUGCUUUCUGAGAUUGUUUGAUCGGCAAGGCCGUCAAUUAUUAAAGUGCUUCUUAAAGCUUAACGUUGGCACUUUCAAAUUACCAUAUAGAAUAGAAAAAAAAUUAAAAUUUGAAUCAGAGUUACAGGACAUUCAAUGCAAAGGUACCGAAUUAAUUUGUAAUAUAUAUUUAAUCUAAUAUAUAUUUUUAUUUUCCAAAAUGAGAAGCUUAGAAAAUAGUAACGUAAUAAUAGGAAACGAGAUGAAAAUCUUAGAAAAUUAUUAGCGGAAGAGAAGAACUACAUAUUGUAAUAAACGUCGUAUACUUUCUCUCUUUAAAAAAAAUUACAGUCAAAUCGCACGGACAUCUCGCAAAGUGUUCUCGGUCAAAUUAUCCAAGAGGUAGUAAUUCGCUAGAGAAUUUCAACGCGUUUCAAUCAAAAUAUUAAUAAAAAUUAGUUUGUAUAUUGCUUAAACAAAACUUAAUUUGUAUAUAUAUAUAUAUCAAAAAAUUAUUUACACAAGAUAAACUACGCAUAAAAAUAUUACAAAAACCAAUUUAAAAAAUUCCAGAUAUUGUGUAAUAAUGAAUAAAGUUUAAAAAAUGUAAGAAGUUUUAAAUUAUGAUAGAAUAAUGUUGAGAAAUUUAAUUUCACGAAAAAAUUAAAAUUGUCCCUUUUAUUAAAUUUUACCUACAAAAGGAUUUAAUAAAAAAAAUUUACAGGCCAAAGAAGUUAAUUAAAAUCUUUACGAUGUCUCUAUUGUUUUACAUCUAUAAUAUUUACAUUCUUUACAUAAAUUAACCAAUGAAACUGCGAACAAAUUAAGGCCAGGUGAUCCCAGCAUAUCAUGUUGCCACUAUCAUCUCUAUAUUAAUUCAUUGUAUUUGACCGAAUACACUCAUAUUAUGUCAAUGUAGUAUAAUAUAAAUCUCAGCAUAUCAUAAAUGAUAACUGAGGGAAGCGUUAGAAACUACACAAAUGUUAAAAUCACUAUGAACAUUCGUUUGUAUAUAAGAUGACUAAAGUACGCUUGUAGAUGUGUGUUCAAAUCAAAUAUGAAAAAUUCCAUUAGAGGCGAAUCUCAUUCACAUAGAAAUGUUUUUUGUAGCAUGCAUUCGUUCGCAUGUUAAAUAAUGUUAUGAUAAUAAAUAUUGUUUAUAGUGCGUGAAAAAUCUUAUUUUAGAAUUGUAAAGGCAUUACUAGAACAAAAAAUCAUUCCUGCGGUUUAAUGUACGUAUCGAUUUAAUAUCGUAUAAAGCAAUAAGCCUUAUUCAAUAUCUCAAUGUGCGUUUUUUACGAAAGUUAUUAUAUAAUAAUAAUAGACAUGUUAAUGUUCUCUUUUGUACAACGACUAAUCAUGGCAUUUCUUUACUUCUGCUGUUUCCCGCUUAAUUGCGAUAUGCACGGAGUGAUACCGUUUAUUUAUAAGGUGUUUGCCAAAGCCCAAUGGAGAUGGCGAAAUAUUUUUUAUAAUUUAAUACUCAUGUUAAGUUUAUACGUAAUUUGUAA